AUGUGCACGCCGCGACCUCCUUCACCUCGUACGGAGCAUUGGAUCGCAAUCCCCCAUCGUGCACUUGGUCCUCUUAGCACACCUAAGCUCUGGCGAUCGAUCGCGCACCCGCAAGGGCCUGAUCCUCCCUCUCGCCGAGCAAGUGGCCAAAAGGUUCACAGUACUGCAAACGCAACGUGCCGGAGUGGUGUGCAGCAUAGCGACCCUCGGCGUGCCCAUAACUGUCGCCAUGCUCAACUUCUUCAAUUCUGGCCCCAGUGCGAACAGCACCAGUGGCCGCGGUGGAAGUGGGGCCGGCAGCAGCAGUGCUACGCUGGAGGGAAGGGAAGACGGAAUCCCCACUGCAGCAAAAGGGACGAACAGUGGAGCAUCUGCCAAUGCCGCCACAGCUUCGAAGGGCUUAUUGGCCAAAGGGAAGUCAGGCGCAGGAACCUCCAAGAGCAGCCUGUCCAGGCCCACUGGCUCAUCUGUGGUCGUGACAACCGUUGUCAAGAAAAAGGUCAUUCCUGCUGCUCAUUCUGCGACGGUUGCUGCUGCUGCUGCUGCUGGACGAAGUAAGCUGAGCUCAGCAGCAGCGGCUUCGUCAGCAUCCACAAAUGCACUCUCCGAAGCGUAUCGGAGGCGCAUUGCGCAGGACAGGGAACGCAUUGCGAGGGAGAAGGCCAUCAAGGAACGAGCUGGGAGGGAGGCAGCACAUCAGCAGCUGCACGCUAAGAAGAGGCGAAAGCUUGACGACGAUGAAGAUGGUUCAGACUCCUCUUCCACUUCAACUUCACCUGGGAAACGGAGAGUGAAUGGUGGCAGCACGCCUGCAUCUGCAUCGCGCCAUGCCUCUCGCGCGCACUCUCCUGUGGGAGCUCUGUUCUCUUCCGAAGCGUCCUCAUCGUCUUCCCUCUCUGACGCUGAUGGGCAACCACAAAAUGCUUCAACCCACAAGCUCCGGCGCAAAUACACGUCGGGUUCAUCCUUACUGCAGGGCUACAAGAAACUCGGACGCGAGGGCGUCGCAGCCACUUAUGCUGUUGCUCGCGAAGAUCUUGUCGAGGAGCUUCCGUUCAGAGAAGCUUGCAAGGCGAGGGGGGGCCAGAAGCGGAUAAUCAGUUCCAAAGAGCUAGUCGAGUUGAGCGGUCGGAGCAAAUACGGAAAAUUCUUCCGUGACCUCCCCGCAGAGCCUUUGGCGACGCUGGAAUACCCGUCCGUCGACGCAUCCGAAACGUUCUUGCUGCUCUGCCCAAAAACCACAGACGAGUACGAUCCGAUCGCCGAGUUGCUGCGUACAGUGUACGCGAUUGCGGCUGGCGGCUUCUUGACGCCGCAGCAGCGGGAAGAGAUGUUUGGGAAUCUGGAUGACUUGCAGGUCAGCAGUACCGCUGGGCUGCAGCUGACCGCUGCGCAACUGGCCGCGGGGCCUGCCUCGUCGGUGAGGAGGAGUGCAACCCCUGGCUCCAGGGAGGGAUCGAUGGUCCCGAUGCCAUCUGCGGCUGGGGAAGAGGCAAGUCCAAGCGCUACGAGCACGCUUGAGGACACGAGUUCUCCUCGAGGUGCAGUAGGAUCGACUGCGAUGGCACGGCACGUCAGUUGCAAUGUCCAAGGCGGCAGCGGGGAGCAAGAUUCCAUCCUGCGAUCCUUUACCAAGGCGCGCAACCGGCGCGACGGCCCGCUCUUUAUGCGGACGCUCGCACGCUUCAACAGCGCACUGCUCUCACUCAAGCAAUCUGGCGCCAUCGUCGCCAAUCUGCGCUCGCAGAUGACACGCACUGGCGUGCCCGAGGCGGUGUGGCGCGUGAUCCACGAUCAAUGCUAUGCGCGCGCCGUCGGUCCGCAGGUGGAGGAGCUGGGACGGUACGCUGCGUUCAGCGAUAAUGUCUACGGCGAGCUGCUGCCGCGCUUCAUGUCCGAGAUUGCGCAGCUGACGCAGCUGAAGCCCGACUCGGUCUUUCUUGACCUCGGCUCCGGCGUUGGCAACUUGCUGAUCCAGACUGCGCUGCAAACGGGGUGCAAGGCUCUCGGAUGCGAGAUCAUGAAUAAACCGAGCGAGUUUGCCGACAGGCAACUGCAGGAGGCUCGCACGCGCUGGUGCAUGUGGGCGCUCAGGGGUGGUGAAAUGGACAGCUGGAAAGGCGACUUUUGCGAUGACGUCAAAGUCAGGAAGGCAUUGUCGGAAGCUGACGUCGUGCUCGUCAAUAACUAUGCCUUCCUGCCACAAACAAACGAGACCCUCUCACUGCAAUUCCUCGACCUCAAAGACGGCGCGCACGUCGUCUCUCUCAAGCCGUUUGUUCCCCCCGAUUUCCGGCUGACGGAGCGCACGGUCUCCAGCCCGCUGGCAAUCCUGCGCGUGGUUGAGCGGAUGCACACGUCCGGGUGCGUUAGCUGGGCCGACCGGAGUGGCAAGUACUACAUCCAGACCGUGGAUCGCUCAUUGGUGCGCAAGUUUUACGAAAUGCGGCAGAGCCGCAGCGUAUGUAGGUCAGCCUCUUCAUAAUCGAU